AUGCGGCCACUGUUCCUGCUGCUGCUGCUGAGCCUGCAGAGCCUCAAUCAGCCUACAGGAGCAGUUGAGGACCUAAUGUGGGAGGUUGUGAGCGGUAUAUUUGAUGCGAUUAAUGAGUAUUUCUAUGACUACGCUGAUGAACCGUCUGAAAGUGAUGAGGUUAUUGAGAGCACCCUUGACUGGCUGUUCGAUCUCUUUGAUGACACAGAUAUGUGUGACCCCAAUCCCUGCUUCAACAAUGGAAUAUGCGAGACUGGAAGUGAUGGGCCUUUCACAUGCAUCUGUCCUCGACCCUUCAAGGGCAGAAAGUGCCAAGAUGUUGAGGAUGUGUGUAAGAAUGUUAACUGUGGUCGUGGCGAGUGUGUCCGCAUUCUAGAAGAGCCCUUUUAUGAGUGCAAGUGCAGAGCCCCAUACAAGCCUCCCAGGUGCAAAAGACCUUCACCCUGUAAACCCAGCCCCUGUUUGAAUGGAGCAACAUGUGUAAAGGGCCCUAAAAAAGCCAACUUUCAAUGUGUGUGUCCUGAUAACUACUCUGGAAAGUUCUGCCAAGUUGGUCCUGAUGACUGUUAUGAGGGAGAUGGAGAAUCAUACAGAGGCUUUGUGAGUGAAACAGUGAAUGAUCUGAAGUGUUUGCCCUGGAACUCUCACCUCCUACCAUACAGUGAUUUUGAUGAUGAUGAUGGAGUUGGACCACAUAACUACUGCAGGAACCCAGAUGGGGAAAGCAAGCCCUGGUGCUUUGUCAGAUACAAAGGUAAACUGCGGUGGGAUAGCUGUAAAGUCAAACAGUGCUCUGAACCAGGUACAUCAACCACUGAAGAGACACCUACUGAAAUGGUCACCACACCCCCUCCAAAAGAGUUCUCUGUGUGUGGAACUUCCAAACCUACCAGGGCUUUGGGUAAAAUCUUUGGAGGAAGGAAAGCUCUACCUGGAGCUCAUCCCUGGCAAGCCUCUUUGCAGGUUCGCGAAAAAAACUCCACUGAUCCCUUCCGUCACUUUUGUGGGGGAAUCCUCAUCGACUCCUGCUGGGUUCUCACUGCUGCUCACUGCAUUGAAAGUACAAAUGAGAUGCAGAUUCUUCUGGGUGGAGUGAACCUGCUGAUUCAUGAGGCUGCAGACCAGACAGUGGAGGUGGAAGAUUACAUUGUUCAUGAGAACUACACAGACGCUCCUGAGGCCCUCUACAAUGACAUAGCCCUGCUUAAACUGAAGGCAGUAGAUGGACAGUGUGCCAGGGAGACCAGGUUUGUUAAGACUGCCUGUCUGCCCACUGGUCCAAUCCCUGACGGAACAGAGUGCACCAUAUCAGGCUAUGGAGUCACAGAGCAUGAUGACGAAGGUUCCGAUCAGCUGUUGGAUGCAAAAGUUCUCCUGAUUUCCCAGAAACGUUGCAUGGAACCUAAUAUCUAUGGGGACAGACUGGAUGAUGGUAUGCUCUGUGCUGGACGCAUGCAAGGAGGAGUGGACACCUGCCAGGGGGACUCUGGGGGUCCUCUGGUCUGUAACCAGAAUGGCACACAUUAUAUCUAUGGAGUGGUGAGCUGGGGUGAUGCUUGUGGAAAGAAGAAUAAACCUGGCAUUUAUGCUCGUGUCACCCACUACCUUAACUGGAUCAAUGAAAAUAUGCGCUCUGAGUGAAACAGAGCUACAUGGAGCUAUGAAUCUGCAAGUUGUUCAAAAUGCUGCUGCAGGAGUGCUGGCACAAGGAAAAGAGAUAGCAUUUCACCUGCCAUGGCUUCUCUGUCGGCUUACCGUCGAGUACAGAAUUUAUUUUAAAACUUUACUGUGUGUUUUUAAGACGUAACAUGGUCUGGCCCCGCAGUAUAUUUGUGAUAUGAUUAGUCCUUACUUGUCUGGCAGGUCCCCUCAAGCCACUAAUGAAUUACUGCUCACUGUCUAAUGCUCUCAAUUAAAGCUUAAGGGAGAUCAGGUGUUUUCAGUAGCUGUCACUAGUUUAGAUCAGAGGUCACUAAUAGGUGGAGACUGUCUUAUACACCUGGACCUAUAAGUGAUAAACUGUGGAGAAUUAUCUGAUUUCGAUGGGGUGGUCCUAUUUUAAUCGAUGUACAUAACUUUUCUAGCCUUUACUGUACCGAUUUAGCGGCCUGGGAGGCUCACAGACCAAUCGCAUGUGUUGUAAAUAUACACAUGAUGCUACUCAACCAAUCAAAUCUGUCCAUUACGAUGAGCACCGAGACUCGAGUGAGUGACGUACACACAGGGGAGGGAUGAGGUGAGAGACAAUCGGAGAAGAAAGUGAGCCAGAGGAGCUAUUUCACAUGGUGCACUCUAAAAAAAAGAAAACUGGCAAUAAAUGAAUUGUACUUUA